UAUGCAUCGAGGAGUGUUUCAUUUCCGAAAAUUGUUCGAAUCGAAGCUGAAGCGAAAAACGCAAACGCGGAGAUUUCUGCGGGCUUCUGGUCGCUGCUUUUGCACACGCACAGGAUUAAGACAGUCGUGUCACCGUCGAUUGCGGUAGUUUUGUGAUUUUUUGGUGCUGUAGGAUUCAGCGACAAGUCUCCUUGCGUGCGACAAGAAAAAGGGCGACCGUGUCAGAGCAGUGUUAUUUGUGUCCCAAUCCGUUCGUACGCAAAACCCUGCAGCCUACUCGGAUUAAAAGACCCCUGGAGGGAUAUUCGUGUGAAGACGGUACCCACGAAAAACUCCUUCGUCCAGGCGUGUCCUUCGGUGCUUGAAAUGCAGCAGGAAUGCUCUAGCGAGCUUCAAGCAUAGUCUCGGAAAGCGUCAAACGUGCCCGAUGCGUUCGAACACAGUCCAAGCAAGUGUGUCUCCCGCGCGGAGUGUGUGCGCUUGGAACAUCGGGCCGGAAAGUUGAAUUAUAAGGAGCAAUUAUCGAAUCAUCGGUCUCGUUCGUGUUUGAGCGUUUAGUGUUCGGUGACGAGUGUAAUCGUGUGUGCAGCAGUGAGGGAAAGCGAGGGAAAAAUGAAAAAGUGAAUGAGCGAAGGGUGAAGUAGAUUAAGAGAAAAGUGAAAUUAAUUAAAAAAAAAGUGUUACACAAGUUCUAACUGCAAAGUCGUCAGCGGCCAUCAACUGGAAGGAAGGUUGCAUUUGUUUUCUCGGUUUACGUUCGUUUGUGUUCGUGUGCGUUUUCGGGUUUUGGAAACAGUGUGUCAGUGUUUAGAGUCCUGUACGUUUGUGAAAUGAAAUUAGUGUUCCGCGGAGCAAUCGAAGGGAUGUUCAUCUGAGGCGAAGAGGGACUCUCUCGCAUCCCCCGCCGACAGAAAAUGCUGAUAUCGAUAGUGCGUCGUUCGGGCAGAACAGUAGCGGUCGAAAAACAGCAGCAGCGUAGUUAAAGGGUGGAAGUUUCGUCCGACCGUCUUCUCCGUUCCGCCGUCCGCCGUCGUCCAAAAAACGCAGCGAGGCGCGAUGGGCGAUCAGAAGGGCCAAAAGGGAGGAGGAAGCGGAGCCGGCGGGGCCCCACCGGGCAGUAACGGCGGAGGGUCGAGUGGUGGUGGGGCGAGCGGCGCCGGGGGUUCAUCGACAGCGAUGUCCUCGACCACGACGACGACCACGACGUCGGCCGCGUCCGCCCCCGUCACCACCCCGCAGCAACACCAUCAGCCGCCCCAUCACCCUCACCACCACCAGCACCAUCUUCAUCAGCAGCAGCCGCCCCCGCCCCCACCGCAUCACCAUGCGCCCCACCCGCAGCAUCACAUGCCGCCACACCAUCCGCACCACCAUCCGCAUCAUCACCCGCCGCAUCCGGGCGCGGGUCCACCCCCUCCUCCCGGUGCGGGCGGCGAGCAUCAACCGCAGCAGCACGGUGGCCACGGUCCACCACCGCCACCCCCCGGCGGGAUGCAUCACUCGCCCUACGAACACCACCAUCCCGUCCCCGUGUCCGGGCCGGGGGAUGCGCCCAACGGUGGCGCGGGGGCCGGUAGUGGGAAAGACGAGGGUGGUCCGCCACCCCCGCACCAGCAGCAACAUGGCCACGGGCCACCGCCACCCCCGCACGGUGCCGGUGGGCCGCCUCCGAUGGGCCACCAUCACCACCAGAUGCAGCAUCACGGCCAAGUGUACGGUCAGCCGCCGCCGCCUCCGAUGCAGCACCAGCAGCAACAGUACGCGCCCCGCUACCACCACCACCAUCCGCACCAUCCGCACGACCCGAACGUGCAGCCCGGGGCGGCCGGGGGACCGGAUCCGUACGCGCACUACCAUCACCGGAUGGGAGCGGCUGCCGCCGCCGCUGCAGCAGCCGCCGCAGCCGCCGCGGCCUCCGGAGCUGGAGCGGCCGCUGGAGGCGGCACGGGAGGCAGCGGUGCACCGGGAACUCCACCUCCGCAGCAUCCCGGAGGAAAACCGGCCGCCGCUGCAGCAGCAGCCGCCGCAGCCGCCGCCGCCGUUGGCGGAAGUCCAAUGCACGGCCGGCAUGGCCGGUAUGGGAUGCCGCAACAGCCGGCAGGCGGAACCGGAACUGGCGGCAGUCAAGGGCAGGGUCCACCACAGCAGCAACCGCCGACCGCUGGUGGAGCCGCCGGCGCUAAUGCCCCGCCCGGGGGACCUCCGGGUGGCGGCCCGACGCCAACGCUUAACUCGUUGCUUCAAUCGCAUCCACCACCGCCACCCCAUCCGGGCGCCCCGCACCAUCGCUACCCGCCGAGCAGCUACGAUCCGUCGGCACCGCAACAGCCUCCCGGACCCGGACAGCCGCCACCAGCCGGAGGGCCUCCGGGGCCGGGCCAGGGGCAACCCGGCAUGCCGCCGUACCACACCGGCCACCAGCAACAGGGAUGGGCCCCUCCACCCCGUCCCUACAGCCCACACUCGCAACCGUAUCGACCGCCACCACCGGGUAAUACCGGACGGGGACAGUCACCGUAUCCGCCGGGUCCGCCGGGUCAAGCGCCCGGCAGCUACCCGCCGCCUCAGCCCGCCGGCCAACCUCCGGGAUCGCAGCAGCAGCCUCCGGGCCCGCCGCAACCGGGUGCCCAGCAACCGGGAGGUCCGCCCGGCCAGCAGGGACCUCCGUCGGCGGGCGCUCCGGGCGGGCCGGCGGCCGGCGUGGGUGCCGCUGCGCCCGGCCAGUCGCCGCAACCAGGCGGUCCCCCGCACACACCCACGUCGCAGGGCCCGCCCGCCAAUACUCAGUAUACGCCGUAUCAACCGCAGCGCUACCCAACUCCCGGCGGCCCCGGCAGCAACCAUCGGACGCCGUAUCCUCCGCAUCAGUACGAACCGGUCCGGUCGUGGCCUUCGCCGGCCGCUAGUCCGGGCCCGGGCCCGGGACACUUACCGCCGUCGCCGCACGGACCCCCGCAGAGCCCCGGUCAGCAACAGCAGCAGCAGCAACACGGUGGCGGCCCCAGUCCGUCACCCCAGCCCCCACAGCCCGCUCCAUCACCACAUCAGGACUCGACGGGCCAGAACAGUAAUGACAGUACGGCGGGCGGCAGUGGCGGCAGUGGCGGUGCAGGAAAUUCAGCAGGCGCUGGCGGCAUCCACGGUGCACCCGGCACGCCCAACUCCUCCUCUUCGUCGUCGUCUCAGGGCAUGAGGCCAACGCCGUCGCCAACCGGUUCCGGCAGCGGGUCACGCUCUAUGUCACCGGCAGUAGGCCAGCAAAGUGUUCCGAUGCCGCCUCGUCCAUCCAGUAGUCACUCGCAAGCUCCAAAUCAGCAGGCUCCGAACCAGCACGGCGGCAGCAAUAGCAAUCUAGUGCACGGCAAUCAAUCACAAGGUCCACAAGCGCCACCACCGGACCACCACGCGCGAGUCGGCUCGCCCAACCGACCUCCGUCGGCGUCCUCCCAGCAGCAGCUUCCACCGGUGUCCGGGGCCUCGACGCAACCCCCGACGUCCCAGGCGGGACCGGCAGUGGCCGCAGGGAUGGCCGCACAAGGCUACCAGACACAGCCGCCGCAUCCGCCCCACAUGCACGGCGGCCCCUACAAGAUGGGCGGCCCGGGCCCGGGUGGUAUGCCCCCGGGUGGGCCGCAGCAGAUGUCCCCCUAUCCACCGCCACCACAGCAGUCGCAGCAGUAUUCACCACACUCGCCCGCGAGUUACUCGCCGCGUCCGCAGUAUCCUGGCGCGUACGGUCCGUCGCCUCCGGUGCCGGGUCCACCACCACCCGGCACGCAAUCCCCCGGCGGAGGUCCACCGCCGCCGGGAGGAGGACCGCCACCACCGCAUGCACCGCCACCUGGCAGUUACCCGCACGGUCAGCACCGGAUGCCGAACCACGUGGGCGCAGGAGGGCCACCACCGCCACCUCACUCCCAGUAUCCUCCGCAUCAGUACCCGCCGCCGAGUCCGUGGGGUCCGCCUCACACGCAGGCCGGCGGCCCUGGCAGUGGCAGCGCCAGCCAUGUAAAUAAUCAUGUACAGCAGCAGGGGGGUCAGCAGGGCCCCCAGCAAGGACCUCCGACUCCCGGCGGACCACGGCAGGGCAAGGGAAUGCCGCCGGGGCCACCGGGCGUCCACCCGCAGUCGCCACAGCAGCAGCAACAUCAGCAGCACGCGCAACACCAGCAGCAGCAGCACCACCAGCAUCAUCAGCCACCUCAUCAUCAGCCGCCGCAUCAUCAGCCGCCACAUCAUCAGCCGCCGCCACCGCCUCACCAGGGCCAGGGACAGUCGCAGCAGCCGGGUCAGGGGCCUCCGCCACCACAGAGCGGGUCACCACAGCCACUGAACUACCUGAAGCAACACCUGCAGCACAAGGGCGCGUACAGUGGCGCUCCCAGUCCGACGCCACCCGGCCAGGGAUACGGCAACGGGCCGGGCAUGCAUCCGCCGAUGGGUCCCCCGCACCACAUGGGCCCACCGAUGGGACUUCCACCGCCCAACUCUAGUAGCAUGGGACCUCCACCGCCGGCUGGCACGCCACCCAGUCAAUCGCCGCAAGCGGUUGGACCGAACAGUGUCGCUCCUGGCGUCGGCGGCAGCAGUCACCACCCGUCGCAGGACGGUCCGCCACCAUCGCCACAUCAACAGCCACCACCAUCGCAGCAGCAGCAGCAACCUCCCCCGUCACCGCAUCAUCAUCCGCAGCAGCAGCAACCGGGUCAGGGACCUCCGGGACCCCAUCCGGGUCAUCACGGGGCGCCCGGAACGCAUCCAGAUGCACCGCCACCACACGGGCUACUGGCGGGCGCCGGGCAGGACAAUGGUGUGGCGAAUGCGGGCGUUGGAGGAGGUCCACCGCAUCAUCACCACCAUCAUCAUCAUCACCCAGUUACCUCACUCGUUACAACGGGACCUGAUGGCGCUCCACUCGACGAAGCGAGUCAGCAGAGUACCUUAUCCAAUACCUCAGUAGCUUCCGGUGAAGAUCCGACGUGCUCGACGCCGAAAUCGCGGAAAAACGAUCACUACAACCAAAGCCAUCUGACGAGCACCAACACACCGUCGUCGUCGUCGAACGCGUCGCCCGGGCCGCACAACGCGCACGAAGACUUCGAGCUCAACUCGUCCCCGACGUCCUGGCCCCGGACGCCAGCUAGUCCAGUAUUUAACAGUCACGUUCCUCCCACGCCGGAGACUCCUUUUAGAUCAACUAAGCAGAAAUCGGAUAGCCUGAACAAACUGUACGAGAUGGACGACAAACCGGAGCGGCGCGUCUUCCUGGACAAGCUGUUGGCGUACAUGGAUGAGCGGCGGACGCCCAUAACGGCGUGCCCGACGAUAUCGAAGACACCGUUGGAUCUGUACAAGCUGUACGUGUAUGUGCAGGAGCGAGGCGGUUUUGUUGAGGUGUGUAAGGUUACCAAGAGCAAAACGUGGAAGGACAUCGCGGGCAUGCUAGGGAUCGGGGCGAGCAGUAGUGCGGCGUACACGCUCCGGAAACACUACACGAAAAACUUGCUACCGUUCGAGUGCAAGUUCGAUCGGGGUGGCAUCGAUCCGGGCCCGAUCAUUGCGCAGGUGGAGGCGGGCUCGAAGAAAAAGUCCGCCAAAACGACGUCAGUUCCUUCGCCAGGAUCGUCCAACUCACAGGACUCAUUUCCUGCGCCCGGCAGCAGCAGUGCCUCGAUGGAUGGCUACGGUCCUUAUCCGGGCAGUGGGUAUCCUCCGGGUUCCACGCCGGAUUACGUACAACAGCAACAGCAACAGCAACAAGGACCGCCGGGAGCCGCCGCAACCGGUGCCCAAACCGGUGCCGGUCCGCAGCAACCACCACAGCCCCAGCAACGACCACCCUCGCAGCAGAGCGGCACCCAAUCGCCACAUCCGGGUUCGGCACCGCCUGCCUCUGGUGAUAACAUUAGCGUGAGCAAUCCCUUUGAUGAUCCCGUGGGUCCCCAGAGACCCCCGUAUCAGCAGGGCGCUCCUUAUCCACCGGUUUCACGUCCUCAAGGCGGACCUUACCCAGGACAGCCUGGUGGCUACGGGCAGUAUGGAGCCCCGGACCAGUACGGUCCAGCUGGAGGUGCACCACCCGGCCAGUAUCCGCCACCACCCGGUCAGCAGGGCCAGUACCCGCCGACGAAUCGACCUCUCUAUCCACCGUACGUUCCACCUGAAGCAGGAGAAGGAUCUCCUUACAGAGGCACACCACCAUCCUCGGCGAGUGGGACCGGAGGCACUCCACCGACACCGGCCGAUCCCUACCGAGGGUACGGCGGUGCACCAUAUCCUCCACCACCGCAGCAGCGUCCCUAUCCGCCACAGCCUCCGCAGCAGCAGCAUCAGCAACCCACUGGCGGUGCCGGCGCCGGUGCACCCGGAUCGGGAGUACCACCGCCCGGGACGCCACCUGUUCCGGGGCAACCGAAUGCAGUGCCCGGACAGGUGCCCGGUCCUGUCGGCGGAGUUCCGCCGUCGCAGCAGCCGCAGCAACAACCGCCUCCCACGCAGCAACAACCGGCAGGACAACAAGGAUCCACCCCCGGAGGUUAUCCAACUCCGACCGGGCAGCCGCCGCAGUCACCUGCUGAUUACUAUCGUCAGCAGCAGGAACAGCCUCUUCCCUACCCUCAGCCAAACCAGCCCCGGCGCCAUCCGGACUUCGAAAAGAGCCAACAACCGUACGCACCCUACCAGCGACCCCAGAUGUACCCCGGCGGUUGGCAACCGGGCCCUGGCGGACAGUACCGUGGUCAGUAUCCACCGCAGAGUCCCGGGCAACAGUGGACACACAAUGGACCUCGACCAAGCGGACCACCGGGUGGUCCGGGUGCGGGUGGUCCACCAGGGGCGCCUCCUGGUGCGCCGAACCAGUGGGGAGCGGCUGCGGAUGUUAACCGCUACCCACCGAAUCAGCAGCAACCACCUUAUCCGACCCAUCAGCAGGGACAGCAGCCGCCAUGGAAUCAAAUGCCUCCGACGUCGCAAAAUUCACCUCUAAGGCCACCGUUGCGAGGAGGCAAACCAUAUCCACCGAUGGCAGCUUCCGGACCGGGAGGCAUCCCUACUCCACCUGGUGCGAUGCCGGGUAUGCCUCCGACCUCCAACAUCAACGCGCCUCAGCAACCGCCGGGCGUUGGAGGGCCCCCGGGCCAAGCAACGGCAACCGGUACGGUUGUCCCUACCCCCGGUGGACCUGCCGGGGUUCCCUCAGCAGCCGGGGGUGUUGUUCCACCGGGAGGUGGGGUGCCGGUAUCGAGUGCUUCGCCAGUGGUCGGCGUGAAACCUCAGCCACAGCAGGUGCAAACACCGCAAGGACAGAUGGGAUGCGCGGGAGGCGCGGCUCCCGCCUUCCAACCGAGCGGAAAUGCUGCGCAACCGAAGCGGGACAUCGUGUUCCCGACGGACAGCGUCGAGGCGACCACGCCGGUCCUGUACCGGCGCAAGCGCAUCACCAAGUUGGACAUCGGGCAGACGGACGCGUGGCGGAUAUUUAUGGCGCUUCGGUCGGGACUGCUCGUUGAGAGCACGUGGGCUUUGGACGUGCUGAACAUUCUGCUGUUCGACGAUUCGUCGGUGGCGUUCUUUGGGCUAGCGCACAUGCCGGGCCUGUUGAACCUGCUGCUGGAUCACUUCCAGAAGAGCUUGUGCGACAUGUUCGAGAGUGGAAAGAAGAAGGGCGGUAUCAACCGGUUCGGGCCUGAGGGCGACGAGCAGCAGCCGCAGCAGCAGGCAUUGAUAGCGGAAUCGGAAGGCGAUGAUAACGAUCGGCAAGCCAUUACGGAUGGUUCGUCGGUUGAAAUUACGGCCACAAUGAUGACCACCGAAACGACGAUCAAACUCCAAGAUACGACAACUACUACAACGAUGACAACGAUGACGACCACUGCAUCCACCACGACAACGACGGUGGUAAAGCAGGAGAAGCUCGAAAACGGCCUUCCACCAAGCGCUGUCAACUUCAACGGCACCGUCGUCGAGGGCUCGAAGGCGAAAAGCACACCGCCCAAGGUGGUGGAGCGACGACGAACUGCCCAAUGCUACUCGCGUCGCAUCUCGAAACGCCGAGGCUCCGUUGGUGAGGUGGAGGUUGGUGAGGAGGAAGAAGAGCUCGAUCUGGGUGCGGUAAAAAACCCGCCGAACCCGGACGAGCGCACCGUGAUACUGACCGCAACCGCCAACUACACGAUGGCGUCCCGCAAGGGUCGUCCGGUGAAGAUACAUCCCGCCGAGGACGACGUGUUCGUGUUGAACCAUCGGCGCGACUGGGAUCGGGCGGCCGAUUAUCAGUACCAGCGCGAUACGGAGGUCGGCGGGGACCCGUGGACGGCGGGGCACACCGAUCCGGACCCGCACGACUACAUUAUGGACACGUUCCGGGCGGAGUUUGUCAACAUUCCAUUCGCGAGGUACAUCAAGACGAGCAAAAAGUACGCCGCUGCCGCCGCCGCGAGGAUAGGAGCGUCUGCUAGCAACGGCACAAAGCACAACAACAAUAACAACAGUAACAUGAACAAUAACAACAGUAUCAAGUGCACGAGUAGGAACGAGUGUGAAGACCAUGAGCCAUCAUCGGUGCGACAAGAGGACGAACCAAAGGGUGCCUCCUCCCCCACUGGAUCCUCCUUGGAGGCUAACCCGGCGCCGAGUGUGAAGAAGGAGCCGGAUGCUGACGUGCCGAAGGAGGAAUCGGCAUCGAAACUUCCGGAGCCUGCGGUGAUAAAGCAGGAGGAGCAGGAAGGCCUCGAAAAUAGUGCUGCGACGCCAGCAAAGCGAAGAAAAGAGGAUCCAUCCUCCGUGACGGCGGCACCUCCUUCACUUCGCACCCGCAAAGACCACCAUGUGGCGCGUCUCAUGAACGGCGAAAGUGGCGAAGAAGAGGACAGCUCGACACCGCUGGUGGAAAAGGGUAGUGAGGGUAGUGAAAAAGCGAUCGUCAAGAACUGCAUCGGAAAGCGACGAAAAGUUGCCACGCCGCGAGGCGAGCGUGACCACCAUCACGUGGAGGACGGAGAAGGAGAGGAGGAUGAGGGAAGCACGCCGAUUGAUGCCGAUUGCCGCGAGAUCGAUAUGGAGCUGGAGAAAAGCACGAGUUUAUCGAACGGGCCGCAAGAAGGUGCGGGUGUAGAGAAGAAGGCCGGGGUGCGGAGGAACAGUGAUGCGACGAAGGUGGCCACCCCGAAGGAGAAGGGUCCUACGAAAUUCGAAGCGUUGACGAACGAGAGGAAGGAGGAAACCGAUGGUGCCAGCGAGGAAAGGAUGGAUGUCGAUGAGGAGGAAAGAAACGAACAUGCUGCGAGCGCUGUUCCGACGGAAGUGGCCGUAGAGGAGGAGCUUGAAUCAUCGUUGCAUCCGGUGACCAAAUGCUUUGAUGUUGCCGAAAGUGUUCGGGAUCCGGCGAAGGUGUUGAAACGACGCCGCAUGAGCGACUACGAGGACGAAUGUUACACGCGCGACGAAGCAAGCCUCUUCCUGGUGACGGAGGGUCAGGAUGCGCUGGCCCGGCGCUGUGUGGCCAUCUCGAACAUCCUGCGCAACCUCUCCUUCCUGCCCAACAACGAGACGGAGUUCUCGAAAUCGUCCCGCUUUCUGGCGAUCCUCGGGAAGCUGUUGCUGCUCAACCACGAACACCCGAUGCGCACGAAGAAGACGCGCAACUAUGACCGCGAGGAGGACGCCGACUUCUCCGACUCGUGCAGUAGCUUGCAGGGCGAGCACGAAUGGUGGUGGGACUUCUUGGUGCAGAUCCGCGAGAAUCUCCUGGUGGCGACGGCGAACAUUUCCGGCCAGCUGGAUUUGUCGCGCUUCGACGAGCCGAUCUCGCGCCCAAUCCUCGAUGGGUUGCUGCACUGGGCCGUUUGUCCGUCGGCCCACGGGCAGGAUCCGUUCCCGACGCUCGGCCCGAACGCAGUCCUAUCGCCGCAGCGGUUGGCCCUCGAGGCCCUGUGCAAGCUGUGCGUGACGGACGCCAACGUGGACCUGGUGAUAGCGACGCCACCGUUCUCGCGGCUCGAAAAGCUCUGCUCCGUGCUGACGCGCCACCUGUGCAAGAACGAGGACCAGGUGUUGCGCGAGUUUUCGGUCAACCUACUGCACUAUCUCGCCGCGGCCGACAGUUCGAUGGCCCGCACGGUCGCAAUGCAGUCCCCGUGCGUGUCCUACCUGGUGGCGUUCAUCGAGCAAGCCGAACAGUCCGCGCUCGGCGUGGCCAACCAGCACGGAAUCAACUUCCUGCGCGAUAACCCCGACUCGAUGGGCACCAGCUUGGACAUGCUUCGGCGGGCGGCCGGCACGUUACUGCACCUCGCCAAACACCCCGACAACCGGCCGCUUUUCAUGCAGCAGGAGCAGCGACUGCUGGGGCUGGUGAUGAGUCACAUCCUGGACCAGCAGGUGGCGCUCAUCAUCUCCCGCGUGCUCUACCAGUGCUCCCGGGGGACCGGUCCACUGACGACGAUGGAAAUCGAACUGAACAAACCCCCAUCGUCUGUGACCACUACAGCGACAGCUGGAGCUGGUGGUGGUUCGACAACCUCCUCGUCCUGCGCUACUGCGGCAUCAUCGUCUGUGAUAGAGGCAAAGGGAAGCGGCGGCGGCGGCGUCGGCGGUGGUAGUGUGUCUGUGAUGCUCGACUCGAAGGUGCCAACAACGAACGGCCCAUCGUCACCCUGUGCCACCCCGAACGGCGGGAAUGCGGCCGGAGUGAUGUCGAACGGCGGUGGUUCCUCGGCAUCGAGCGAAGACUUCGCCUCACCCUCGACACCAACCGCUCCGGGUGCUACGUCCACGACGUCAGCAGCCACAAGUGAACGGACCUCCGCCGAGCAAGGCAAAUCACCCUCCGGUGCCGCAACAACGCUUAACUCGAAUUCUUCUCCUCCUCCUCCGACCGCAACGAAUGACGAUUCAUCUUCCUGUGGCGGGGUGGCGGAAAACUGCACCCCUACUAGUUCCCCCACAUCACCCUCGACCGCUCCUACAGCGUCGGCCACCACCACCAACAACAGCAUAAGCAGUGCAGCUCACAACAGCAACAAUAUGAUCAGUGGUGGCAACGUAGUCCAGACCAGUCCAUCCGCGUCGGUACCCGCCGCCACUCCGCCACCUACUCAACAACCCUCCCAGCACCCGAUAACAGCUUCAUCGUAGUGGAGAAAGAAGAGGGGGAGAAAAAGUCUUCAACUGCUGCACGACUCCGACGACGACGACAUCGACGACGUUGAAGGUGAUCCUCCGUCGAGCUCUACUACCAUGGUUCGUCUCAAGCGGAAGGUGGUGUCCUGAGCAGCAAGAGGAGCAAGGGAGGAGCGGUUACCGUUUCCGUUGGUACAGGGUUGGGCGUGCAUAUAUAGAUACGUAGGAAGUAUAGUAGAUAUUUAUAUACAUAUAUACGAGUAUAUAUAUAAAUCGUAGCAAAAUGAAGAACGACAAAACCCAAGUAUGAAUUGUAGAAAUAAACAGAACAACCAAACGCGGACGAAACACUUCAAUAGAAAAAGUGGAACUCAAAACAACCAAGAUGCAAGGAAACGUUUUCCGUGAUUUGGAGAGUAAUUUGUUGCUGGAAAAGCAGAAGCAGCAGAAGUUGUAUAGUUAAUCUUAAUGCAAACAAACUUAAGAUAGCAACAUAGAGAGAGAAACAGAAAAUGCUGUUCCAUUCGUUAGGGAAACAUACACACAUGCGCUCACUGAUACACGCACGCAUACACACGAUCAUAAUUUUGUUUUCAGGAAACAGCGUUUUGAAAAAAGUGGCAUAAGAAGUAAACUGAAGUGCUUGUAUUGUGGUGAAGAAGUGGUAUAAAUGUAAAAGGAUUUGUAGAAAUUUGGUUUAGUUGCUUUUGCACUACCGUGUUGCAUAAACAUGUGAGUGUGUGUGUGCGUGUGUGGGUACGUGGGUGGAUGUGUGUAUGUGCUGCUGUGUGUAUUUAUAGAUGGGUUGACCAGGGGGAAUGAUCGCGUCGCAGCCGAAUGCAUAUUUCAAGAUCAUCCAAUAGACAAGGUUCCAUACUGUUUGAGCCCCGUGUUAGAGCUGGCAAAGAGGGUACAACUCCAGCACUUUUGGCCGUUCCUUGACAUCGUCACGCGAGAGGCGUCUCGCACAUUAUUACCAUCUUGAACCAAUGAUGUUCAUUUGUUGUAAGAAAGUGAUCGUUGUGUUGUCGCCCAAUCGAAGGGAUGAAGGGUGAAAGGACGAAAGUGAACGGACGAUUAAAGACAGGACUCGUCCUGUGUACAACGCUUGUGAAAGUAUUACACCACCAAUGCAGGGUAAAUGUGGGGAGCCGUCGGAUCAAGGGUUAGCGUAGACACGGUGUUUGACCCAGGUUGGGCCCGCUCCAGUAUCUGCGUAUACGGGUGUAGACACACGACCCGGUUGAAAUUGGGCUCCAAGAGAGGGAGUACUCACACAGAAAAACCUUCACGAAAAGAGACGAAACCGGAAAGUCGGUCGGUAGUAGCUUGUAGCUAAAUAGUAGAGCGGGGGGAAAACAGACUCGAGGAAAUUGGAUAGAAAAAAAAAGUCGAUAAUGAACAAAAUGAAUGGCGUAUUGUAUAUAUAGCACGUAGGACAACAAAACAAAACUAGAUCAAAACAGAGGACACACUUCCAUAAGGAUGCAUCAA